CCUCCUUUGUGAGACUCAAAGCAGAAAGAAGUCAGAGUUGGCGUCCACGGUUGUUGUUGAGAUGUCAGGACACGACGCGGUCCUUGUGACGGCCAUGGUGGCGUCUUUGCUCGUCUUCAUCGCCACCGUAGUCCUCAGCGCUCUGGCAGGACAAGGACGAGCUCCCUUCUUGGAGAGCACGGGGAACGUUUCCGACGCCUUCGCCACCCAGAUUACGCCGUCAGGGUGGACCUUCGUCAUCUGGUCCAUCAUCUACAUCUCCCUGGCUCUCCUCAUGCUCUACGUCUUGGCGGGCCUCUGUCGCAGGAACGAGUUUGGCCCCAUGUCCUGCAGCCCCGCGCUCCUCACGCUGGGAUUCUACCUGACCUGGUGCUUGAACUUCGCCUUCAACAUUGGAUGGUUGUUCCUGUGGGACAGACGGCUGGUGUCUGUGGCCUUGGCUUUCCUCCUGGUGGUGGUCUUCAGCAGCUACCUGCUGGUCUUCUUCUCCUGCUACACACUCCACGCGUACGGUGCGUGGCUGCAGAAACACCACGCCAUAGACCUGUGGCUUCUACGUGUCUUGGCCCAGAAUGGUAUUUCUAUUUACGCCACUUGGAGCACCAUCGCCACGCUCCUCAACUUGGCCAUCGUCCUCAACGUCUACGCCAAACUCUCCCUGACCCACGCCGCCACCGUCUCACUGGCUAUUCUGGCAGUACUCUUGUGUGUGUGGUUCUUAGCAGAGAUGUUGUUGCUGGACCAACACGUGAGAUACAUCCUGACCAUCCACCCUGUGGUCAUCUGGGCGCUGACAGGCUCCAUCACCAACAACUACACUGCAGCGCCAACACCCAAUGGAAUAUUUGUUGCGGUUCUGUUGGCGCUGGCCUGCGUCAUGUUCGUGGCGCGCGUUGCCGUGACGAUUUGGCGCCACAUCAACAUGCCGCUCUACAGGAUGGAGGCGGGAGAGCUCCCGUGUCCCAUGGACGUAGCGCGGAGGCAGAGAAACAUUUUGUUCAAGUGACGACAUCUUGUUUUGGCACAUGCAGAGGAAAUAUUGUAAAUAAAA